CUGCACAAUAAAUAUAAAUAGGCAAACUGGAAACCUGAUAACGAUACCAACCCCCCUCAUUAGCCAAAAUCGUUCAAGGCAGAAGUUGGCUAAUUACCAGCGGUGAUAAUGCCUAUCGUUUAAGAUUAGGUCAAUUUCGACUUAUAAAGCUCUAAUAAUACGUUUGAACCAUCAGUACCGCAAGAGUCCAUGAUGCGAUAGACAUGGCUUACCUUAAACCUGGUUUAGUUAUACUCAUAGCAGUAAUUGUUGCUACGUCGGCGGAUUUCCGGUUGCCGCAAGCCGUCAGACCAACACAUUACGACAUCCGUCUGCGAACAGCUGUACAUGACGCCGAGAGGGAGUUCCAAGGAAGUGUGGAUAUACACCUGACGGUGGAGGAGCCCACCGACAAGAUUGUAGUUCACAGCCGAAGUCUCACAGUUAUCUCAGCAGUUCUCUACGAACCCACAAGUGAUCCAUGGACCGAAGUGGAACAGCCGAGUCAUACCUAUGACGAACCAACGGAGCACCUAACCUUCCAAUGCACGACCCCUCUCCAGAAUGGUUCGGAUUACGUUUUGAGAGUCAACUACAGUGGACGACUGCAGACGGAGCUCACGGCCGGGUUCUUCCGGAAAUACUACCGUGACAACGGAGGCAUCCGCCGAUAUAUCGCGGCGACGCAGUUCCGACCGACUUGGGCCCGGCAAACGUUCCCGUGCUUCGACGAACCCGCGAUCAGAACUACCUUCACGGUUUCGCUGAUUCAUCACAGUAGCUACAAUGCAGUUUCCAAUAUGCCCCUCGAGGGACCUCUCGUAGUGGACACGGUGGAUCCUGAGUUUGUGGUGACCACAUUCGCGCAGUCGCAACCGAUGCCCACGCACUCGUUGGCCUUCGCCGUGACGGAUUUCGAAAUUAAGUCGUUGACUCCACAACAACGGGCGCUGGCGAGAUCGAACGUCAUCAACGAUACGGAAUACGGGUUAACGGCGGGUGAUACUAUUCUACUGGCGUACAAUACCCAUUUCGAUUGGUCGUUCUGGAACUUCAUGCCCAACUUGGUACAGAUUGCCGUUCCGGACGCUGAGUCUGGAGCAUCGGAGUCCUGGGGUCUUGUGGCUUUCGGAGAGCCUACGCUCUUGUUCAACCCGGAAGUCAACGAUUAUCGGGUUCGACCGGCAAUAGCGAAGACAAUUGCCCAAGCCUACGCUCAGCAGUGGUUCGGAAAUCUCGUGACGGUCGAUUGGUGGAACUACUUUUGGGUUCAUCAAGGAAUGGCAGCUAUGUACGGUUACUAUGGAGCCCAGCUGGCAUACCCGGAAGAUCAGCACAUGGAUCAGUUUCAGCUGCAGGUGAUGCAACCUGCUCUGAAGCUCGACGCAUCCGAAGAGGCGCGGCCAUUGAACUGGAAUGUAGAAUCACCGGUGGAGAUAGCCGGACUGUUUGAUAGCGACACGACGCGGCAUAAAGCCGCCGGAGUCAUCAACAUGCUCCGCACCGUACUUGGCGAAGUAUACUGGCAAACUGGAGUGCAGAAAUACCUCCGAACGCAUGAGCUGGGCUCCGUAACGUCCGAAGCGUUGUACGAAGCACUGGAAGAAACCAUCGAGGUCUUGCCCCCAUUCCCUACGAACAUGACUGUCAAGCAGUUCAUGGAUAACUGGGCCGACGCCCCCGGUUAUCCAGUGGUGAACGUUCGAAGACUGUACGGCACCACAACCAUGAUCAUCUCGCAGGAACGCUUCUUGUCGGACAAAAAGCUACCCAGUGACUACGUAUGGUAUAUUCCAUAUAAUGGACUACACAUUCCAAUUCUUGACUUCCCGUACCAUUCAUGGUUGAUUACAAAAUCCAGGGAACAUAUCGUGCGGUACGACGACGAAAAGCCAUUCAUCUUGAAUGAACUUCCUUCGGUGUUCUACCGCGUCAAUUACGACUCGCGAAACUGGGAACUAAUCAUCGCUGCUUGGGUGCAGUCACCUGACUUCACUAACCCGACGGCACGAGCCCAGUUAAUCGAUGACUCCUUCGCGCUGGCUCGUGCCGACUUGCUCGAUUUCAGCGUGGUUCUACGCCUGCUCACUGGUCUGAAGAAAGAUCGCGACUACCUUCCAUGGGCAACGGCCGACAAGGUGCUGACCUACCUGCACGAUCGACUCCGCGGAACCGACCAGUGGAGUUGGUUCGUCUUCUAUAUGAUCACACUGGUUGACAGUAACUAUCGAACGCUACAGUUUGGGGUGGUCAACGCCGACGAUACGCUGAACGACAAGCAGCUCAAUGAACUGAUCCUCUCGUGGACUUGUAGGUUGAAGAUAUUCCAAUGCUCCGGAAACGCCGAAUCAAUGUUCAGGGAGGCCGUACGAGCGGACGCCGGUGUUCAUCCGGACAUUUCACCCGUAGUGUACUGCUACGGAGCGCGUAGUGCAGUUAACGAUGAAUUCGUUUGGCUGUAUCAGCGAAUGUUCGACUCGCAGAACGAAGCCGAGAGGAGCCUGCUCAUCAACGCCAUGGGAUGUUCGCAGAGCAAAGAGCAGCUGGAUGCGUAUCUAACUUCAUCGAUCGGAGCCGGUGUUGGAUCGGAGGUGAACUACUUUGACCGUGAGCGGCUGCAAGUGGUCCAGGCAGUGUAUUCGGCAAGUCGUGUCGGAGUGGAUGCCUUGAUCGAUUUCCUGAACAACUGGGAUAUGGCUGAUGACUUCAUCUACUGGUUGGAGCAGCCAGCGUUCGACGAUGCAAUCGCCAACAUAGCUUUGCGAACCAAUAACCAAGAAGAGUUCGAUCGAUUGAAAGCUUUGUUUGAAACUGUUGGAUCCCUGGCACCGGAAGACGUGGUUAGUUCUGCGAUGGCCACUGUCAAGGCUAAUCUUGACUGGCACGACAGUUUGGAGGCAUUCAUUAUUGCCGAGUUCCUCGAACGGUACGUCUAUGAUACGAUUUCGCCACAAGACACAGUCACGUAAGAGCUAACGUUGGGAGAAUUUCAAAGAUAGCUAAUCGAAAUAAAUGGACAAGUAGCCUCAGAUCA